AUGGCGACAUCAGCGAACCACCAGACGAGCAUCUUGCAGUUCGUCAUCGCCCUCGCCUACGCCACCACCACCACCUCUUCCUCUUCGUCCACGAACGCCUCGUCGUCGCCAUACUUCCCACCCGAGCUGAUCCCGUUGAUCGCCAGCUACCUGACGACCCUCCAUGGCUUCUUCGCCCUCCGGGCCGCCUGCCGUACCUACCGGGCUCUCCUCCCGACGUCACCGGCCAACCUCGCCUCCCAGUGCCCGUUACUCCUCGUCACCCACAAGGCCUCCGUAUCGGAAGCGCUCUUCCACGCCCCCCUCCGCCGCCUCCUCCGCUUCCGCCUCCCCUGCACGCGGCUAGAUGGCCGCGACCCCUCCUACACCCGCUUCUACUCCUUUGGCUGGCGCGUCGCCAUCGAAGACCGCAACGCCCACGGCAGGCACCGAGACCUACGCAUCUGCCACCUCCUCACAGGCGAGCGAGCCCGCCUCCCUGCCCACCCAAAUGAGUUCAAAGGAGUCAUCUUUUCCGGCGACCUCGUCAUCACCUUCGACCUACGGAGCCACGUCCUCCACUACUGCCGCAUUGGGGAUGCUAAGUGGCGAGCCGCGUUGUGCGAUGAAGACUACAGGAUUUACAACUUGAUGUUCGUGAAAGGCACCCUCUAUGCGCUGAUCUAUCCAAAUUACCGCCUCGCCGUCGUCGAGCUCCACAACAAUUCGAUGGAAUUGUCGUUUUUGGGAGACAAAUCGAGUGCACGGACAGUUCAGAAGAGUACGAUGUCCUGGCUCGCAGAGUGCCGCGGUGAGCUGUUGCUUGUUGUCCCUGUGCAGUGCUCUCCACCGGUUUACCAUGUUUUCUGCUGGCAAUCCGAGGAGAGGAAGUGGGCAAGGACUACUAACCUUGGUGGAUGCAGCUUGUUCUUCAAUAGACAUCAGUUUGCAGGUUGGCUUGGUCCAGAUCAUCCCGCAGUUAGAAGGGACUGCAUGUACUUCACUUGCUUAUAUGGGGAGUGGGGCAAGUAUUCUUUGGUUGAUGGAUAUUGGCAUGAACGUGUUGUCGACUACCCAGGGCUUGGGUCACCACUGGCUUGGGUCCUUCCAAGCAUUGGCUGA